CAGCCCCAGUCGUCACAUCUCUAAUUUAUUUUCACACGCCAUUUUACAAUAAAAUUUGUAAGGAUCUGACGCUAUAUUCAUUCAGUCAGUUUGUGCACAAGGAGUAUUGAAACUCCUGCAACCGUUUCGAUCGAAAAGAGACCGUUUCCAACGUUUAUUUGUCAUGGAGCGUGGCGGUUAUGGUGGUGGUGGUGGCGGUGGUGCCGGACAGGGGUAUAAUAAUUUCGCCGUCCCUCCACCAAACUACCAGCAAAUGCCAAGUAAAACUGGUAACUACAACGAGCCACCUCCGAACUACAGCAAACAAGGCGGUGGUUAUGAUUCCGGUCAUCGUGGUUCUGGCGGCAGCGGAGGCGGCGGCGGUGGUGGCGGCUCAUGGAACGACAGAGGAGGCAAUUCCUACGGAAAUGGAGGCGCCAGCAAGGACAGCUACAACAAAGGACCCGGAGGAUACUCGGGCGGCGGCGGUGGAGGAGGCGGCGGUUCCAGCGGCGGCGACAUGAUUACCCAGGAGGACACUAUUUUUGUCUCUGGAAUGGAUCCAUCCACCACAGAGCAGGAUAUUGAGACUCACUUCGGAGCUAUUGGCAUAAUCAAGAAGGACAAGCGUACAAUGAAGCCAAAGAUUUGGCUGUACAAGAACAAGGAGACCGGCGCCUCCAAGGGAGAGGCUACUGUGACCUACGACGACACCAAUGCGGCGCAGUCCGCCAUCGAAUGGUUCGACGGCCGCGACUUCAACGGAAAUGCGAUCAAGGUCUCGCUGGCCCAGCGCCAGAACAACUGGAAUAAGGGCGGCGGAAGUCGCGGUGGAUUCGGUGGUCGCCGGGGCGGCGGUGGCGGCGGAGGUGGUGGCGGAGGAGGAGGCGGCGGCGGUCGAUUCGAUCGCGGAGGCGGUGGCGGCGGCGGCGGACGCUUCGAUCGUGAGGGUGGCGGUGGAAGAGGCGGCGGAGGAGGAGCUGGCGGCGGCGGUGGCAACGUGCAGCCCCGCGAUGGCGACUGGAAAUGUAAUAGCUGCAACAACACCAACUUUGCAUGGCGCAAUGAGUGCAACCGAUGCAAGACGCCCAAGGGCGACGAUGAAGGUUCCAGCGGCGGUGGUGGUGGUGGUGGCUACGGAGGUGGCGGCGGCGGCGGAGGCUACGAUCGCGGAAAUGAUCGCGGAUCCGGCGGCGGUGGAUAUCAAAACAGGGACCGCGGCGGCAACUCCCAGGGAGGCGGCGGCGGCGGCGGCUAUUCGCGCUUUAAUGACAACGGCGGUGGUGGCGGAGGAGGACGUGGUGGACGAGGUGGCGGAGGAGGCGGCGGAAACCGCCGCGAAGGAGGCGGACCCAUGCGGAAUGACGGCGGCAUGCGUUCUAGACCAUAUUAAGAUCAUGCAAUCCGACGGCACCUAUUUUUUCACAUUUACGUAUUAAUUGUAGCGAGUACCCUUUUAAAUGUACUUUUAAAUUUACCAGUCAGAGCUAAAUAUAAAUACCAGCACAUUUUCAUUUCAACCGAUUUCUAGCCAACACGGACACGGUUAUCGCUCGUUUUGACUGAACUUAUAUAUAUUGUAAUCUAAUUUAACAAUUGUAAUUGUAACAUGGUACAUAAAAAUAAAAUAUAUAUAUAUAUAGCUCAUAUAUAUAUAU